AUGCCCACCGACCUCCCCUACGCCGCCGAAGCUGAGACUUCCCUGUCCCCCGAUGAGCUCGAAGUCCUGAGAAGACAAUACUAUAAGGAGAUCGAACAAGGACACGUCUCUGUGCAGAGCAAAUUCAACUAUGGAUGGGGUUUGAUAAAGUCUGGAGGCAACGAGCUGCAAACUGAGGGUAUCAAGCUCUUACAAGAAAUCUACUCUGCCUCCCCCGACCACCGCCGCGAAUGCACCUACUACAUCGCCGUCGGCUACUACAAACUCGGCAACUAUGCCUACGCCCGUAAAUUCAACAACCUCCUCUUAUCCGUCGAGCCAGAGAAUAUGCAGGCGAAGAGUUUGGGAGAGUUGAUCGAAGGAGCGGUGAAGAGGGAUGGAUUGAUUGGUAUCGGACUCAUCACAGGCGCCGUCGCCCUCACCGGCCUCGUCCUCGGCUCUGUCCUGCACCGCAAUAGGAGGUAG